GCUAUAAAAAACACAGAACUUGACUUCAAUCCAAUAAACCCACUUCGAUCAGUUAAUUAGCAUCUUCAUCUUAACCAUCUGUAAUAACCAUAUGGAGAUUCAGAUCUCAUGCCCUAUCAUCUUCAGCUUCAUCUUCUUCCUCCUUCUGAUACGUAAGCUAUCCAAUUCCAGAAAAUCCUCCAAACCCUUACCCCCAGGACCCCCCAAGCUACCUCUCAUCGGAAACCUCCACCAACUUGUAGGCUCACUCCCCCAUCGCCGUCUCAGAGACCUUGCAAAUAAGUACGGACCCUUGAUGCACCUUCAACUCGGAGAAACAUCCAAUGUUGUCAUCACUUCGCCGGAAAUUGUCAAAGAGAUUACCAAAACACACGAUCAAGUCUUUUCGAACAGACCCAAAAUUCUUGUCAGCGAGAUCUUCGCUUACAAUAGCACCGACUUGGUUUUUGCUCCAUAUGGAAGCUACUGGAGGCUUCUUAGAAAGGUUUGUACUCUGGAGCUUUUGUCCAUGAAGAGGGUCCAAUCGUUCAAAAAAAUUAGGGAAGAAGAGGUAUCAGAAGUUGUCAAGUUCAUUGAUGAACGUCAAGGUUCUGCUGUGAAUCUCAGCAAGAUAAUUUCCCCAGUCACGAAUUCCAUAGUUGGAAGAGCUGCCUUCGGGAAGAAGACAAAGAACGUCGAGAAAAUCCUUUCCACGGUGGCGUACACGGUGCAGGUGGCCAGCGGUUUCACCAUUUCCGAUCUCUAUCCUUCUCUGAAAUUCCUUAAUGCACUCAGUGUGACUCGGUAUAAAGUAGCCAAAGCUCACAGAGAGGUUGAUAGGUUGCUCGGAAAUAUCAUCGACGAUCACAGAGGAAACAAAGAGAUCGAUGUUGAUGGUGACGAGGCACAUGAGGAUUUAGUUGAUGUUCUUCUCAGGGUUCAAAAGCAGAAUAACGACGAAGUCACCUUGACUCUCGACAACAUCAAAGCCGUCAUAUUGGAUGUUUUUGUUGGAGGAACGGAAACAUCAGCAUCAACACUGGAGUGGGCAAUGUCAGAAUUGAUGAAUCACCCAGCAGCAAUGGAAAAGGCUCAAGCAGAAGUAAGAAGGGUGUAUGGAAGCAAAGGAUACGUAGAUGAAUCAGAACUUCACCAAUUGAAAUAUGUACCAGCUGUGAUCAGAGAGACCUUGAGAUUGCAUCCACCUGGGUCUCUGCUAGUUCCGAGAGAAAACAGCGAGACUGUUGAGAUCAAUGGGUACGAGAUAUCUAGGAAGACUAGGGUCAUGAUCAACGCUUGGGCCAUUGGAAGAGAUCCAAAGUAUUGGAAUGAAGCAGACAAGUUUGAACCAAAGAGAUUUGUGGACAGUUCAAUUGAUUACAAAGGUGGGAACUUGGAGUUCAUUCCAUUUGGUUUUGGAAGGAGGAUAUGUCCUGGAAUCUCGUUCGCUGCACCUGUUCUACAGCUUAUACUUUCCAAUUUGCUUUACCAUUUCGAUUGGAAGCUUCCUAACGGAACAAAUGAAUUGGACAUGACUGAGGAAUUUGGUGCCACGGUGAGAAGAAAGAAUGAUCUAUGCGUUGUUCCAAUUCGUUAUUCCCACUAAUAAUUACAAAGUUGAGCAUAUUUCCACUCGUAGAAAUAUAAAAAAGAAUAAAAUGUGAUUAGCUAUUUCCUGUAAUAAUCGAUAUAAUUUUGAAUGGGCUGUUGAAUAGAAGAAUAUUGUAUCUCCAUGCUGUGAACUACUUGAGAGUUGUAGCUUGUGGUGACUUUGUAUACUUGAAAAACAGUUUUUUUUCCUUUUUUUGUGAUAAAAUAAAAGUCAUCAUUCUCCA